AUGAUUUCAGUAAAAGACCAACUAAAUACAUCGGAAAGGAUAUUUAUGUUGGAUAUUGAAAGAUGGUUCAGUUUAUUUAUUGCUUCUUGUAAUGGACCAAUCAGGGAGAAGAUGCUAUCUGUAGCUUUAAAGUAUAAUAGAAAUUUUGUUGAGAAAAAUUAUACACCACAUGAAGGACAAAUUAGCAUGAGAUCAAUUAAACUAAGGAAAGAGAGAACAGACUGCAAUGACAAUGUUAUGAUUAACUUAAUGGGAGAAAAUAGAUUUGGUCCAUUUUAUGAGGCAAUUUUAGCCCAUUUCCAGAGAAGCAUUCCUGAAGGAUUGCAACAUCUGUAUGAUAAACGUGUAGAUUUCAGGGAAAGUACAUAUGAGGAACCUUUGGAUGUAAUGCUGUUCAGAUUUGAGGAAUUACUACACAUAGACUCUAAUACAAGUCCUGGUUCAACAACUAAUAGGAAGAUUGGAGUAUUAGGAACAGUCAUCAUUAAAAAGUUGCUUUAUCUCACAUCUGAGGUAAAUAAAACAACAAUUUAUCAAAAAUUGGAUGUAUAA